AUGGACUGGCAGCCAGACAGCUCUCUGCCGCUCAGCUCGCUGCCCCUGAGCGAGGCAUCCUUCGGCCUCAGCAGCAUCCAGUCCAAGCAGAGCCUGGGGGAGAAAGUCAGCCUGGCCAGCAAGCAGAUGGCGCUCUCGGUCCUGGACAUCCUAGCAGCCAAACCACCAGGGCCAUCCAGUCCUCCUUGCAGCGAUCCUGCACCUGCAGCUUCAGAGCAGGCGGAGGCGGGCCAGCCAAGCAGUCGCAGCCCACAGCAAGCCAGCCCGCUGGCAGGCCUGGACCGGGAGCUCUCCAUCAGGAACCUGCCUGAUCCAGUACCCAUGCAGUCCCCCGCGCAGCUGGUGGAGAUUGGGGGCCCGCUGGCAGACCCCCCGCAGACGCUGCAGCCGCCCAUGGCCGAGAUGUGCAGCCCCUCGGGACGAGUCCUGCCGCCAGCGCAGUACCCGCUGUUUACGCAGAUGCCCAGCCCCAUCCCCUCCUCGGCCUUCGCGUUGCAGGAGCCGCAGCAGCACCCGCGGUCGCCGCCCGGGCCGCGGACCCACUCCUUAGACCCCCUGCUAGGGCGCUCGGCAAGGGGCGCGCGCGCAGGAUCGUCGGGGCUUCUCCCGGAGGGCAUCGCGCGGCGCAGCAUGCGCGCGGCCUCCGGCGCGGCCGUCACGCCCGCGGCGCAGCCGCUCAUGAAAGCCGAGCUUACCUCCGGCGCGACCCCUCAGACCUCAGGGAGUCUGGGGACGGAGAUGACGCUGGGCGCGGAGAUGGCGGCCACCGGCGGCACGUCGAGCCGGCCGCAGCGACGGGCAGCGGGCACGCGCGGCACUGGGGAGAAGCGGAAGGCCAGCAAGAAGGACGACCUGCGCUCCAAGAACCGCGAGGCCCAGAGGCGCUUCCGCGAGAAGCAGAAGGCGAAGCUGGACCAGUUGGAGGAGAAACAGGCGGAGGUGGAGGAGUACAGGCGCCGCCUGGAGCGCCUGCAGCGCGACUCCGACGAGCGCCUCCAGGGCACCGCCACAGAACUGCGCCGCCUGCAGCUCGAGAAGACCAUGCUGCAGGUGCGGGAGAGCCGGCUGGUGGACAUGGUGGGGCAGCUGGAGCGCGCGCGAGCGUCGGGCGUGUCCCCCACCGAGCGCGCACAGUGCCUCGAUUCCAUCACCGCCGAGGCCGGCCGCGUCCGCUCCGGCCGGGACGCGGAUGCCGCCGCCGCCAUCCUCGAUAAGGUGCUAGAGUACAUAAAGCUGGAGGAUUUUGAGGGGGCGGACGCGGCGGCGCUGCAGGGCCCGGACGGCCGGUCACGGUGCGAGGCGCUGCGGCUGAACUCGCACAUGCUGCAGGCCACGCGCUCCCAGGAAGGCACCAUCGUCACCGUCAAAGACCUCAUCAAUCUCCCACGAGAGAGCUUUCUGACGCUGUACGCGGCGUGUGUGAAGGAGCUGGUGGCGCUGCUGGAGGAGUGCCCCCAGACGGAGCCUGCCCUGGAGGACCCCCACGGCGCAUUCAUCACCCCGGCAGAACUGCGCGUCCAAUCCCUGGUGAGGGAGGUGCGCGCGGUGAUGUGCUGCUUUGCGGCGACGGACGCGCGCGAGGCGGCCCUGCAGCAGCUGCGCCACGCCGACGACUGGUCCCCGGUCGAUCCCGACACCGACCGCCGCAUCUGCCGCGCCGCCCUGAGGGCGAUGAGGGUGACGGAGGAGCAGGAGCUGGCUAUGAGGGAUGCACAUGGUCAAUUUGUGGCGCGGCAGCAGUCGCUCGCGCAGCACCGGGCCCAGGCGCUGCCCUUCCUGCAGGCCGCCCUCUACACCUCCGCCGACCCCUCCACCCACACCUGCCUCCGGGCGCAUGAGGCGGCUGCGCUGGUGCGGCGGACGGCGGACGAGGAGUGCGACAACAUCUGCCGCCUCUCCACCUUCUUCCUGGGCCGCGUGCUCUCCGACUGGCAGGUCGCCGUCAUGCUCGCGCGCUCACACCCCCACUCCGCCCACAUCAUGGGCAUCAUUGAGGCAGUUGUCAACGGGGACGAAAUGGAGGAGGAGCAACUGGACAGGCAGGGCACAGGCGUCAGCGUGGACACAGAUCUGUCCAGCUAAGACGCGGCUGCCAUGCUCGAUGGUCAAGAAGUGGGCAUUCACCUGCGCUCAGGGAUUGCCAGACAGGACAGCAGCGCUGCUUCACAGUAGCUGUAUGUGAUACUAAUGCUGGAAUGUACAGGAGCUCUACUCCAUUAGGAGUGGGUAGCAGUGCUUUCCUAGAACAGAUGAUCCCUAAACGAGAAACGUUCAAACGGGGAGAUGCACAUUGUCUAGACAAGAUCUGGCAUGUCAUUAUGGUGGUCCAAGGCGAGUAGGAGAUUCUGUGAGGGAAGUGCUCAACUCUUCAUGAGAUUUCAAGUUCUUGAGCAAGUCUUUGGUGGGUUUUCCGGAGCCCUUUGGUUGUUUGGUUCUGUGAUUUACAAGCAGCCAUGUUUGGAAGCGGUGCAUUGCUCUGUGACUGCGCUGCACUAAGGAUGCCUUGCGCUCAAAAUCAUACAUGUAGAGACUAGAGUGUCUGAU